AUGGCGAAUCAUGACCUCAUGCUUUCAGGUCCAGCCGUCUGGAGAGGGGUUAUAAAGACCAAGGUAUCUAUUCUCAUUCUUAAAAGGCUAAAAACACAUGCACACACAAAGAAAGAGAUGGAAAUCCAAGAAGCACAAGGACAUGGCCAUUUGGUUCUAGUCCCAUACCCAUUACAGGGGCACAUGACCCCAACACUUCAGCUUGCAAGUAUCCUUCACUCCAAGGGCUUCUCUAUCACCAUUGCGCAUGCCAAGUUCAAGUCUCCUAAAGCUUUUGAUCACCCUGAUUUCAACUUUUUACCCGUAGCAGAAAACCUAUCUGAACAUCAUAUAGCCAAUAAAGAUCGUAUAGCUCAAGUGUCAAUUAUCAACACCAAAUGUGAAGCACCACUACAGGAAAGUUUGACAAAUCUAAUCAAGCAAAAGCCUCAAUCUCGAGUAAACUGCAUCAUAUAUGACACAGUCAUGUACUGUGCAGAAGCAGUGGCUUCCAAUAUGAAGCUUCCAAGCAUUAUACUGCGCACCAGCAGUGCCUCUUCUUUCAUUGCUUACUGUGCAAUUCUAAACCUUCCCCUAGAAGACUGCAUUCCGCUUAAAGAAUCUAUAUCGCAGGAGCUAGUGCCAGGCCUUCAUUCCAUCAGGUUUAAAGACUUACCAGCUUCCAACUAUUUUGGAGAUCUUAAAGACCUACUAAAUCUGUUAGGCCACGUCAGCAAAACAAAAACUUCCUCAGCUGUGCUCUGGAACAGCGUCGACUAUCUUGAGCAUGAUUCGCUAGCACAAUUUCAGCAGCAGAACGAAGGAAAGCACUGUUUCUCAAUAGGUCCGCUCCACGGGAUGGCCCCAACUGCAUCGACUAGCUUAUUAACAGAGGAUACCGAUUGCAUAACAUGGCUCGAUAAGCAAGCUACCAACUCAGUCAUCUAUGUUAGCUUGGGAAGCGUAGCAACCAUGGAAGAACGUGAACUUGUAGAGAUGGCCUGGGGGCUAGCCAACAGUGAACAACCAUUUCUGUGGGUGGUUCGACCUGGACUGGUCAGGGGAUCAGCAGAAUGGAUUGAGCACUUACCAGAAGGCUACCUGGAAACUAUUCAAGGGAGGGGAUGCAUAGUAAAAUGGGCUCCUCAAAAGGAGGUUUUGGCACAUGGUGCGGUGGGAGGAUUCCUGAGCCACUGCGGUUGGAACUCAACCCUGGAAAGCAUUUGUGAAGGAGUUCCAAUGAUAUGUAGGCCUGCAUUUGGAGACCAAAAGGUGAACUCGAGGUAUAUUAGCUAUGUAUGGAAGAUGGGGAUUGCAUUGGAGAAUGGCUUCAACCGGAACAUUGAGACAGCCAUAAGAAGACUGAUGCAGGAUCCGGAGGGGCAGCAGAUGAGGCAGAAAGCAGCUGCAUUGAAGGAAAAGGUCAAGCUCUCCAUAGACAAAGGUGGUACUUCAUACAACUCAGUGAACAACUUGGUGGAGCUCAUCUUGUCAUUGUGA